GCAAAGAAUGCUAAUGGGAGAACCAGUUUCCUAACUUUCAAAUUGUUGAGCUGGUUGCCAUAAUGGAUGAUCAGCAAGCCUUGAACUCAAUCAUGCAGGACUUGGCUGUCCUUCAUAAGGCCAGCAGGCCUGUAUUAUCCUUACAGGAAGCCAGAAAAGCAAAGUCAUCAUCACCAAAAAAGCAGAAUGAUGUCCGAGUCAAAUUUGAACAUAGAGGAGAAAAAAGAAUUCUUCAGUUCACUAGACCAGUUACACUAGAAGAUCUGAGGUCUAAGGCUAAAACUGCCUUUGGACAGUCGAUGGAUCUACAUUACACCAACAACGAGUUGGUGAUUCCAUUAACUACCCAGGAUGACUUGGACAAAGCUGUGGAGCUGCUGGACCGUAGUAUUCACAUGAAGAGCCUCAAGAUACUACUUGUCAUAAAUGGAAGUACACCGGCUACUAAUUUAGAACCAUUGCCAUCAUUAGAAGAUUUGGAUAAUACAGUAUUUGGAGCAGAGGGGAAAAAACAGCUGUCAGUAGUAGGUCCCACUCAUAGAGAUAGAAGUUCCCCUCCCCCAGGAUACAUUCCAGAUGAACUACACCAGGUUGCCCGGAAUGGGUCAUUCACUAGCAUCAACAGUGAAGGAGAAUUCAUUCCAGAAAGCAUGGACCAAAUGCUGGAUCCAUUAUCUUUAAGCAGCCCUGAGAAUUCUGGCUCAGGAAGUUGUCCAUCACUUGAUAGUCCUUUGGAUGGAGAAAGCUAUCCAAAAUCACGAAUGCCAAGGGCCCAGAGCUACCCAGAUAAUCAUCAGGAGUUUUCGGACUAUGAUAACCCUAUCUUUGAGAAAUUCGGAAAAGGAGGCACAUACCCAAGAAGAUACCAUGUUUCAUAUCAUCACCAAGAGUAUAAUGAUGGUCGUAAAACUUUUCCAAGAGCCAGAAGAACCCAAGGCACCAGCUUCCGGUCUCCUGUGAGUUUUAGUCCUACUGAUCACUCCUUAAGUACUAGUAGUGGAAGCAGUAUCUUUACCCCAGAGUACGAGGACAGUCGCGUAAGAAGAAGGGGAAGUGACAUAGACAAUCCUACUUUGACUGUAAUGGACAUCAGCCCACCCAGCCGUUCACCACGAGCUCCAACCAAUUGGAGAUUGGGCAAACUGCUUGGCCAAGGAGCUUUUGGUAGAGUUUACCUUUGUUAUGAUGUUGAUACUGGAAGAGAAUUGGCUGUUAAGCAAGUUCAGUUUGACCCUGAUAGCCCGGAGACCAGCAAGGAAGUGAAUGCACUUGAGUGUGAAAUUCAGUUGUUGAAGAACUUGCUGCAUGAGAGGAUUGUUCAGUAUUAUGGCUGCUUGAGGGAUCCCCAGGAGAAAACCCUUUCCAUCUUUAUGGAAUAUAUGCCAGGGGGUUCAAUUAAGGACCAAUUAAAAGCAUACGGGGCUCUUACUGAGAAUGUGACUAGGAAAUAUACCCGUCAGAUUCUGGAGGGUGUCCAUUAUUUGCACAGUAAUAUGAUUGUCCAUAGAGAUAUCAAAGGAGCAAAUAUCUUGCGGGACUCAACAGGCAAUGUCAAACUAGGAGAUUUUGGGGCCAGUAAACGGCUUCAGACCAUCUGUCUCUCAGGCACAGGGAUGAAAUCUGUCACAGGCACACCAUACUGGAUGAGCCCUGAAGUCAUCAGUGGAGAAGGCUAUGGCAGAAAAGCAGAUAUCUGGAGUGUAGCAUGUACUGUGGUAGAAAUGCUAACUGAAAAGCCACCGUGGGCUGAAUUUGAAGCCAUGGCUGCCAUCUUUAAGAUUGCUACUCAGCCAACAAACCCAAAGCUGCCACCUCAUAUCUCAGACCAUACUCGAGACUUCCUCAAACGGAUUUUUGUAGAGGCCAAGCUGAGGCCUUCGGCUGAUGAACUCUUGCGGCACCUGUUUGUGCAUUACCACUAGCGGCGAGCCUCUCCUGUGCCUCUAGCAGCUCUGGCCGCUAGUUCACCUUCUCUCUGACUGCACUUUCCUUUUGUAUAAAAAGAGAGAUGGCGAGAAAAAGACAAGAGGGAAAUUAUUUCUCUUGAUUCUUGGUUAAGUUUGUUUAAUAAUAAUAAUAACCUAAAUUUUUUAUAUUUAAUCCUUCUUCCUUACAAGAACUUGAAACAACUUUUUUUUAAUUUUUAUAAUGUGCUGAUGUGGUUCAGAGAGAUAAAGCACUUUAGUACAUAGUCACUCUUUUUAGUAAAAACAAAUCAUUUGAAAUACAUAAAGAUUGUAGUCCUUCCCUGUAUCACUGACAUAGUGGUGAUGAUGGGGAGACAUGGAAGAUAAGAAAAUGAUGUAUAAUUUGUAGUUCUCAGUGAUAGUAUUUAAAUAGAUCCUCAUUUGUGGGGUUAAGCCCUAAACUUGAGUUUAGGGUAGGUACUCAUCUUAAAGAAUAUAGGUUCCUUCUUAUAUCUGUAUUCUUUAGAUCCUAACCUCUGUCUACCAAGCUUUUGUUGUUCAGUAGGAAUCUUGGAUAAAAAAUAUGAAUCUCUAAGAGGUAUGUUUAUUUGUUAAUCUUAAGCAGUAUAAUAAGGAAUACACUAUAAUAGAUGUGUUACUGGAAUCUAUGAACCUUGAGGAAUAGCUUUCUGCUUAAAAAAAUAAUGUAUUUGGAAGCAAAUAUGGGAAAUCAAUGAGUAAAUGCAACUAAAAGACAAAAGGAGACUGCUGUCAUCACAUGUGUAGCAAUAGAAGAGACCACAUUUGCCAGUAAACAUAAAUAAUGGGGGAAAAAAGCAACCCAAAUGUUAGAGUAUUUAAAUGAUGUUCUUUAUUUGAGGGGGAAAGUCCAGAAACUAAGGGAAUUAAGAAAUAAUAAAAAUUGUGUAUACUAUCUUCCUAUUUCUCACCCAUAACUUUUCCUCAGCAGUCUUUAGGAGCUUUAAAGCCAGUGUCAUAGUAUGAAGCCCUAUUCCUGGGACCCUAGCAUACUCAGGCACCAAAGCAGAGCAUCAUGCCAGACAGUGCGGCUAUCAGUGGUGGUGAUGACGCACUUCACUUGGCGUGUGACAGUGCCUGCAUUACAACUGGGAAGGUACUUCUAGAAUCUAGAGGGUAGAAGCCUCUGCGCUGCUUAGUAGACUUUAGUUCACCAGAACCAUCCUCAGAGAAUUAUCCUGCCUAAAUUUCAAAAGUGCCUAGGUUGAGAAACCCUGGUAAAGGCUGGUCUGAAAUAUAAAGUAAGAGCACUUACAAAGCAAUAAAUGCAGAAGGAAAUUUCAGAAAAGGUGUACUUCAGAGGAGGGUUUCUUUAACAUGCAGCACUGGGUGAAUUAUCUCAACACACAGCAAGUAAUAGUUCUUUAUCAGGUGCAGGUCUUUUGAACUCAGCAUCUAUGUAUGUUCUUUCCUUAAAUAUUAGCUCAUCACUGUGGGUCAAAAAGCAUAUCAAAACAAAGUGUUUACUACCAGCAAGAUGGUUAAACACUGCCAAGUAUCCAUGUAGUGUAGCUACUAAGAGCAAGGUUGUUAAUGGGAAGACAUACCUGGGAAAGAUCCCACAUUGUUUCCAGUAGAAUUAUGCUACUGAAAAACAUGAGGAUGCCAGCAAUGUGGCCACUUGAAACUUUUUCAGCAUAUUAAACCAAGUGCUAAAUAUUUAGAAGGUCUAGGAAAUAUAGGCUUCCUGGAGGCCCUAAAUGUGAGAUAGUCUUGCUGUUUGCUAUAAUGUAUGUUUAUUUAGGGACCCUUCAGGUUCUUUGUUUCUGAAGCUAUGUAGAUCUGGGUUUACUAGCAAGGUCUUACUUGGUAUUCCCUGAAUGUUUGCAAUUCCACUAGCUAGUCUGGGAGUCAGAGCAUAAAAUGAAUUAAUGCUUCUCCCAUAUUCUGAAAAUGAAGCCCUGGGCAAAGAACACUUCCACUGUGUCAGGCCAGCUGCUUAGUCUACACUAGAAACAAAAUCCUCCAGCGCCAGUGUGUGGGUCUGUUCUAAUGGUUUGACUCUCUCAUGAGUGAGGACCUCUCUUCUACUUGAGCUCCCUAGGAUCAUGGUAUCUGGACCAGUGGGCCUUUCCUUCAUUUCUUCAUCUUGCAUGGUUGUGAUUUCCCUGUGGCUCAUGUUUGGUCUGUCAGGGUAGCCAGCAGUGCAGAACAGGAGUCAUGCUCUGCAGAGACCAGCACCCAGAGCAAACUGUUAGCCUUUUCAGUCUCCUUUUUUCUUUCCUAAAUUCUAUAGAGAAAGAAGACAUCUGAAAACAACUACUCUUUAAACACUGCUGAAGAACACCUUUUCUUAUAAGAAAAAUACAGUUAGCUACAGGAAAGUUUUUUUUUAUGUUAACACUUUUAAGAUAGGCUAAUAAUUUACAGAACUAUUAUAUAGAAAGUGAUGUGAAUUUAUUUCAAACGGGUUGUGAAGGUACCAAAACCACAAAAAACAAUUGAUGUAAAAAAAAAACAAAAACUACUAGAACAAAAAAGCUUGAAGAUUUGGAAGCAUGGGACAGUGAAGACAAAAAGUAAAUUUAAAAAGAAAUCUUUGAGAGCUAUUAUUAAAUGAAAUUAAGUAGUAUAUUCCAUUUUUCUUUCUAGUAGUGGUAUGAUUCAACAAAUGAAAAUGACUCUAAAUGUGCUUUGUUUAAAUGCACAACUAUUUGAUACUGUAAUUUUUUUUUUUUUCUCCUGAGGCUGGAAAGUGGCCAGACUGCUGACUUUGUGCCUUUCAUAUGCAUUCUGCUUGGGCAGUGGCAGACUUGGUGCUGGAGAAGAUUCACUAGCAGUCUUACAUGUGCUUUUCAGGAAAUAGCUUUCCACCCAGGUCUUGAGAGACUCAAAGUGGCAUGACCUUAGAAAACCUCCAAUAUGGCAAACACAGAAGUAUGUUGGAUGGAAGGGUUGAUAAAUAUAAUGACUAAUGGAAAUUUUGAUGGAUUGUUAAUUCUUUAAACUGUAUUUAAAGGUAUGCAGACUGAAAAUUUCAGAAUGAAUAUCUUGAAAUUUUCAAUACUUUUCCUUGUUUACAAAACAUGUUUCUAACUAAGAAUUACUUAAGGCAAAUUUAAGAAUGACUUAGUCUUAGAAAAACUUUUAAGGCACAGUCAUUCAUAUAUAAUAUAUUAAAGUAGAUUAAAUAUCAAUGCACAUGCUGGGCUACAAAAGAGAAAAAUCAAACUUUUAUUCAGAAUAAAUUAAAUUAGAGUUCAUUACCUUAAUGCCCAGUAGAAAUUACAUAGAAAGGGUGAAAGUACAUUUUUAGAGUAGCUUUCUACCCCUGAGCUUUGACGUAGGUCAGGGCUGAUCUGUACUUCUAAUUAGCUCUGAAGGUUGGCAUGCUCAUCCAACCUGAUGCAUACUCCUUGGCCCAUGGCAGAAUUCAUGCUGACCAGUUCAUUUGGGGUCUAGGAACUCAUAUGAAGCUUGAUACUAGUUAAGCUGGAGUCAGACAAAUCUGUUUUCUUUAAAAAAAAUUUUUUUUUGAGUCAUGGUCUCACUAUCUGUUCUAGGUUGGCCUGAAACUUGAAUUGUUCCUGCCUAUACCUCCCAAGUGAUGGGAGAACAGUCAUGUGCCAUCACACCCAGUUUACCCUUUUUUUUAAAAAAAAAAAAGGGUGAAUAGUUUUCAUUUGCUUAUUCAGUAAUUGUAACUUUGUCAGAUGCUAAAUGACCCUCCUUCAGCAAGUCAAGUCUAGUAGGAAUAUGUGCAAACAGAUAAUUCAUAACAAAUUCUAAUCUAAACAUGCAGCAAUGAUGUUUGAAAUCUUAGAAUUUUUUUUUUUUAAUGAGAAAGCACAGUGUCAUAGGUUUCCUCCCAACCCAGCUAUUUCUUUUAAAGAAAAAAAAUACUUCUUUUGGUUUAAGGUAUCAAAAUACCCAAAACAAAAUGCUUUUUAGAAGUUAAACUCUACCAAAUGUUAUUUAUACUAAGAUCAGGACAAUUUAUUGAGGCCAUAUUAUUUUAUCAUUAAAUUUGGCAUUUGUUUUAAAUGUAGUAUUCAUAUUUAUUUGAAUUUUAACAUUGGUUAAAUGUCAAUGAAAGCAAUUUGUUAUUUUUAGUAGUGCCUUUUUCUCUGUAUGCCUUAAUUUUAUUUUAUAUUUCUAAUUCAAGUUAUCAAACAAAAAUGAAAAUUUUUUUCCAAAACUAGUAGGCUUCAAGAGUUCGUUUGGUCUUACUUGUCUCCUAAUGCUUGCUUCCUCUUCCUACCAUUUCUACCUCUUUUUUUUUUAACCAUUGGGAGAGAAACAUGAGCAUUUAUCUGUGAUAAGCUGUAGUCUCCACUAAACAUGAAUUCUUAAAAUGAGCAUAGAAAGUUAUUUUCAUUCUAAAACAUACAGUAAAUUGUUUUCUGGGUCAAUUACUUGAUUUUCAAGUUCACUGGUACUGUCCCAAGUUCUUGGUGUAUCACAGUUCAGUUAUGAUUUCCAUAGCGAGCUGGUGUGGUAGCUUUUGCCCUAAAGAGGUCUUUUAGAUGGUUUGCCAUUGUUGAGGUAAUAAGACUUAGGGCAAUGAGCAAGAAACACAGUGACAAGUGAAGAGAAUUCUAAUCUUUAGUUUUUAGCUAACAUUUUGACUAAUACUCUAGCUUACUGUUCUGUGAAGUGAGAGAGAGAGAGAGAGAGAGAGAGAGAGAGAGAGAGAGAGAGAGAGGGAGAGAGAGAGUGUGUGUGUGUGUGUGUGUGUGUGUGUGUUUGGAGUCGGGGCAGGGGAAGAAAGCUGUGUUGUCUAAGUAGAUCAGUUUCUGUUCUUGAAGAACAACUGAAAACCCUGUGACCUACUGAUGUGGGAUAGAGUAAUCCUCCUCAAGUAGGACACAAGGACAUUUCCCUGAGUAGCUAGUGCACAUGAUUAUUAAUAAUGGUAUUUAUUGUGAAUUGCCAAGCGCUUAGUUGCUAAAAGUAGAUGAAAAUUUGUGUGCUUGUGUGUAUAAUAAUGAGCUUAGAUAUAAUUCUUAAAUAGGAAAUAAUUGAUCUUAGAUAUUUCUUCGUGAACUUUUUGGAAUAGAAAUUCUGCCAGACAUCAUCUAAAACAAGCUUCCUUAGCUUACCAAGUAUUCAGAAGGAAAUUCUCUUAUACCUCUUUUGGUUGGCUGGGGAAGGUGUGCUGUAAAGCCACCGUUUCUAUGUCAUGGUCAUCUUUAAUGCUGCUUUGACUUCUGCCACGGUUGGGACAGGAUUCCCUAACAGGUAUGAGCAGGACUGGGGUUGUCCUUCUCUCCAUUCUGAUCUUUCAGAGCUCCAAGGAGCCUUGAGAUCUUUUCUUCUCAGAAGUGGUGCGAGUGGUCAAGGGAGGAGUCAUAGCUAUAGUGAAGAAAAGAAUAAAUAUAUCUGUUGCCUGUAUACAGUUUCAGAUAAGUUUUGUUGUUUUUCAUAUUGUGUAUUUUAAUUGACAGUCAUGGUAUUUUUAUCGAUAGCAGCAAAGGCAUUAAACAUCUAAAUGCUCUUAGUCCCUCUGUCCAUUGACUUUUUGUCUGUAUCACAGUCUGUAUUCUCAGUCACUUCAAACCAAAGCUUUUAUAUUCCCUUCACACAUAGCCAAAAUGAUUAGCCCUAUUACAUCUGCCCACUUGUAAGCUCUUAGUGUAUAAAUGGUAAAGCAGGUAACUAGUAAAAUUUAUAUCCCCAUCUAUCUUUCAAGGAAAAAGACAGGUGCUCAGUGUUUGCAUUGAGACAUGCAGAAUUACUGCAGCUGUUAUGGAGCUACAUAGAUAUUAUAGACUUAAGCUUGUGUGUGUGCCAAUCUUAUUACACCCACUUGACCAUUGAUGGAUGUGGGUUCAUACUGACGUCUGAUGCCUCAGGUCGACAUAUUUUCUCCUAGUGUCUUAACAGUUAUGAGCUUGUGUUUGACUUGAGGGGCAUUUCAACAAUGCUGUGAAGAAAUGUAGGCUACGGGCUGAUGUCUGCCUUGUGCCGUACACAGUUUGGAACCGAAGGAAGCAUCCACUGUUAGUUUUAAACAUGCAGAAUGUGCCCCAGCUAAGGAUUUUUGAAUCUUUUAACACCAAUUGAGAAGAAGAAAGUUUAUGACUGUCCUGAAGAAGCACUUUUGUGUUCAUUUAUUUAUAUUUUUUUAGAACUUUUUUAAAUAAAAAAAACACUUGUGUAACUAGUGAUAAUUUUAGCAUUGCAUUAUUUGCAAGGGAGGGAUAAGUAAUUACAUGUUAAACGCUAUUACUUAGCUCCAGAAUGGAUUUGAAAUGUUCUCAAUAUUCCAAAGACUUUUUCCACCUGGAAUAAAGAGAGUGGGGUUGUGGAAAGGCUUAUGGGCAAAAGAAAGUGGGCCAGAACCCUGAAGUUAUACUCUUGUCAAUUAGAAGUAGUGUCUAGAGAUGAGAAUACUUCUUUAAAGACAGUUGUUUUAAUGACUAGUAAGUAAAAGGUUUACAUUUCUUCUAUUGCUGUUGGUUUUAAAAUUUGCUACCCUGCAUUCUGAAAUAUCCUAAAUGAGUUAAUACCAAAAAUACUUUUAAUGUCUGACAUCUUAUAUUUCAUGUGGUUGUUUUUAUUCACUGUAAAUAAAAAUAAACUUGGAUAAAUUUGAAAAUAAACUUUUAACUUGCAAACUAUGAUUACCAGUUUGUAAAUUUACCUUUUAAUGUACAUUUUAAAUGUAGCCAUUAAAUUCUUUAUAUUUAACAUAUUGGUUUCUCUCAGUAAAUGUUUUUAAUCUCAGUUGAAUGCUGGGCAGUUUAUAAUUAUGUACAAAGAUAGUUUUUUGUUUCCUAUUGAGGUUGACUUUUUUGCACAUUUUUGGAAAUGAUUGAUUUGUACACUGAUUUACUCUGACCAGUAACUGUUGAGUGUAUGAGCAUUGUGAAUGUGUGCAUUGAGCUACUGUCUGUGUCUCUGUGUGAGCUUCGUUCCAGGUGCAGCCCUUGGGGACUGCACUGCUGCGACUGACCUAAAUGGAUCUUCUUGCUUUUACAGUUACCUGUCUAUAGUUCCGUCUUUGUUGGAGAACUCAGGAGUUCAAUACUGCUUUCUGAUUUUGUAAUGUAUUCUGAAGUCAGUCACUAAGUUGAAAGUAUUCUUUGUUACUGUGUGUAUCAAAGGAUGUCUGUUGUGUGAUGUCUUCUGUCUGUAGGAACAUGUAUAUAUCCAAGUAAAUUCUUAUUUCCAUUUCAUUUCUAUACUUUUACGAACUUGUUUUAUAAGGGUACUAUUUAGUUAAGAUAAUUAAAUAUAUAUAAAAGUUUUCUGAGAGGUUAUUUACUAUAUUGGAUAUAUUUUCAGCUGGCUGAUCAAAAUUAUUUUUUUAAUUUUGUUUUAACCAUUCAAGAUGCAUUUGUAUUUCCAGAAUUGGAUGCAGAUUUUACUUAUUAUACAAUUAAAAUCACUUGUGCAAGAAAAAACAUUGAAGAGGAAAGGGGGGAGAUUUAAAGCAGUAGUAAAACACACUGUCCACUAAACAUGGCCUUUGACUUCUCAGAGCUAUAAAAAAUUGAAUUGUCUUGAAGAAAUGUAGAGACUUUUAUAUCUCCAGUUGCUUUUGGCCUGUCCUAAUACUGUUUUUGAUUCCUUUACCACAGAAGUUUCAAAUUUUAGUUUUUUCCUUGGGGUACAAUCAGACUGGGUUUACAAAAAAACACAUUGGCAUAUUGUGUGAUUCUCUGUCAUUGACUCUGAAUUGGGUUAGGACUGUCCAAACAUACACUGUUGUGUCUUUGCACUGUACUAUGUGUUUUAAGCAACUGGCAGAAAAAAAAUUGGAAAUUAGGUUUCCAAUGUGACAGUGUUACUGUACUUAAUGAAAAUUUUGUUUUGAAUAUGUGGUAUCAUGUAAAAUUAUUUGUGUUAGGAAUAAAGUCCACUGUUGAAGUGAAUAAUCACUAAGCUUAUUAUGUUGAGAGGAACCCGUGCGAUUAGACUUUACCAGAAGCCAGACACAGUGUGGUUGGUGCCAUAUUUCACACACAUUUUGAGUUUGUGGUGUUCUUUCAAAAUUGUGCUUGUAAAAAAAUGUAUAAAAUUCCUGAGUUUUACAAUUUCUAUGUACUUGGUUUUUUUUUUCUUGCUGGUAAAUGGCUUUUUAAAAAAAUUAAUAUAAAAGAAACCAUGUUCAUGUUUUGUUAGUGCUCAAUGACUUUGUUUAUGUGGCCAUGUGUAAGUUGUUGACACAUCUUUGUUUAGAGUUAAUGCAUGAGGGCCUGCGGUCACUAGCAUAGUGACACACACUGUCUCUUACAAGUUCCUUCUUUGGAAAGUUGUGCAGAGGCUCACUCUAACCUGGACAUAGAACGAAUAGAAACGAAUGGCACUUUGAGUGUUAAUAAAGCUGGUAUUUAUUUCCACUGUGA